AUGAACCACAAUAUGCUCCAUGCGGCCACCAAUCAGUGGAUUUCCUAUCGGGUAUUGUUCGAGGUCGGGUCAUCCGGUCUCAUCGAGCCCUCUGGGCGGCGGGUAUACCAGGGAGCAUUGCUCUAUUGCAGAUUCGGGGAGGAGGCCAUGAACCAGCCGCCGUACGACCCCCGGAUGGUGAGCGCGCUGGAAGCGCUGGGUCAUCUCUCGGAGCCGUGCUCUGGGCCCGACGACUGCGAGGAAAGAUUGCGGUCGGCUGGCCUGUCGCCGGACGGGUUCAGCUGCUCGAACGUCGGCGCCAGCCGCUACGAGCCCGCGGCGCUGGCCUUCUUCAUGGGGGCGACCGACAAGAUAUUCUUCCCGUUGAUGGAGUCGUCCCCCGAAAUGCUCGCCGCCCUCUUCGCGCUGGUCACCUUCCUCACACUCGAGGAGAUCAUCCAGAUGGCCAUGCAGGGCAGGGCGUACUUUGCGUUGGUGUCCAAAUACGUGGAGCUGCUCACGCUUGUCGACGUCUUCCUCAUCUUCGAGCGCGCCAUGGCCCAGCAGGCCGCCACGCCGCAGGAUGGGGCGAGCUGGGAGCUCUACUCCAACAACAUCGAGCUGCUGCAGCGUCUGUGCGGAAUCGCCUGCUUCACGUGGUGGAUGCGGAUGCUGAACUUCGUGUCGAAGCUGCACCCCAGGAUGAGGAUCCUGAUGCACACGAUGAGCAGUGCAUGGCUGGACCUGGUCUUCUUUUGCAUCCUCUUUGCCAUCGUCCUCUUCUCUUUCUCCACGACAUUCCACAUAUGGUUUGCUGGCAGCGAGGCCGAAUUCAGGACGCUUGGUCGCACUUUCGUGUCUCUCUUCCGCGGGCUCACUGGCGACAUUACAGCGGGGCCGCUCGUGGCGCGCUGGGACACUGGUUUGUUCUACAUGGCGUACGUGGUCCUCUCUAUGCUCAUCAUGGUGAACGUCUUUAUCGCCAUCAUCUCCUCGUCCUUCGAGGGGCAGCAGCAGGAGGUGGAGACGCUGAUAGAGCGAAGAGCCCGACAGGCCCUUGAGCUGGACGGCUGGAUCCUGCAGGACCCGGGCGGCAGUUCUCUGGACGGGCAGGACGAGGCACCCCGCAGCGGAGACGUCCUGAAGGUUGUACUGUGGCGUGGGCGCUCCCUGCGCCAGAGCGACUGGUUCGGCCUGUCGAACCCGUAUGCGACGCUCGGGCUGAGAGCCUCCGGGGAGGAACGGCAGGAGCCCAAGGGCCCCGAGACGAUUCGGCUGCAGCUGGGCGACCGCCCGGUGGCCUUCGAGGCCGCCAGGGUGCAGUCGCAGGUGGUCGAGCAGUCCGUCGAUCCCGAGUGGAACCAGAGGGGCCUCUUCAGCAUCCCGCACGGGGCCGCAGAGACGGGCCAGCUCGAGCUGCUGAUCACGGUGUCGGACAAGGACGCGGCCGUGGACGACCUCAUGGGCGAGGCCGCGGCUCCGGUGUCCCAGCUCCUGCAGGCCAGCGAUGCGUGCAAAUCUGUGUCUGUCUCCUGGGGGCGGUCGAUGGUUUGCCGGUACGUGUGCCCGAGCGGCGGCAAGGGCGACAAGGUCUUUCGCCACUUGCUCAAGGUGUACCGCGACGGAGCUCAGGCCGGGGUCGUGGAGGUCUCGGUGGUCCUCCACAGCGCGCGCGAUACAGACGAGGCGUCUGCCCAGGCGGUCAGUCUCUGA